AAUUCGACGAGCAAACAGUGGCACGUUCAAUCAGUAUACACAUUCCAUCACCGGCGAUAAUUAUUCAACUCCCACUAAUCUGAUGGAUGGAAAUAAUUCCGAUGACAAUGAGAACACCAAAAUGUGGACGCCCAGAAUUGAAACGAAAUUAAUAAAUAUGUUGAGAGAUGAGGUUAGAAACAAUCAAACAACGGGCCGUACUACUUCGUGGACAAUUAGGCAUUGGAAUCAUUAUGCAAAUCAGUUGCACAACAUAUAUGGAUUUCGGUAUACAGGUGUUAAGGUGCGCCAAAAAUAUCAGCGCUUGAAAGCUGAUUACCAGACAUUCAAGCGACUCCAGGCACAGACUGGUCUGGGAUGGGAUCCUAUUAUAGGCACUGUUGUUGCACCCGAUGAAUUUUGGGAUAAGGCUAGCAGAAAUGUGAAGAAGUUUAGGACAAAAGGGUUUGAAUAUUUUCAGGAAAUGGCAGAGAUUGUUGAAAAUUGUUGUGCUACAGGGGCCUUGUCUCGUGCAUUCACACAAGGACCCCUUGACUCAGAAGAAGAAGACGACAUGUUAAAUAAAUUUUGGAACGCUGAUGCUGGUGGGAGUAACGCUGGUGGGAGUAAUGCUGCUGAGGCCAUUCCUGUUGACUUAUUCGGGGAUGAGUAUAUAGAUCCAACAAAGGGCAAAAGUCACAAGAGAGGCCCUGCAACCAGCCAGACUGACAGUGGUCGUUCCAAAAAGUCACGGUCAAGUGGGUUUGAUGAUGUGUGUGCAGCUUUCACAUCCUAUGUACAAGCCAAAACAGGGCAUUCACGUGCACGAGAAAAUGAGACUGAGGCUGUAAGUGCAGGUGGUGAUGAUUAUUCCCUUGAUGCAUGUCAAGAUGCAUUGCUUGAGCUUGGGGACAUACCACCGUUGCAGUACGUUAGGGCACUGACACUGUUCAAGGAUAAGGAAUGGCGAAGACAAAGGCAUAUGUCAUCCGACACAGAAAACAAUACAAUGGAGCUCUCAUCAGAGGAGGAUGAGGUUGUUGAUGAUUUUAUGGAUUUUUUGAUGAUUGCUGAAUAA